GGCAGUUAGAAUCUUCAGUUCCUGUGAGCGUCGGCUUCGUCUGGGCACUUCUGGUACUCCCGUUCACUUCCUGUCCUUUCUUUUACGUUUCCGACAAAACAGUGUCUGUGGGCAGUUAGAAUCUUCAGUUCCUGUGAGUUUCCGCUUCGUCUGGGCACUUCCGGUACUCCAGUUCACCUCCGGUCCCUUUCCUUUACGUUUCCGACAAAACGCCAGUGUCUGUGGGUAGUUAGAAUCUUCAGGUCCUGUGAGCGUCGGCGUCUUCUGGGCCUGUGGAGUUUCUUGGACAGGGGCCGCGGGGCUCCAGGACGGCGCCCUUAGCAUCACCAUGGCCCGAAAUGCAGAAAAGGCCAUGACGGCCUUAGCAAGAUUUCGCCAGGCUCAGCUGGAAGAGGGAAAAGUGAAGGAACGAAGACCCUUUCUGGCCUCAGAAUGUACUGAGCUGCCUAAAGCUGAGAAGUGGAGACGACAGAUCAUUGGAGAGAUCUCUAAAAAAGUGGCUCAGAUUCAGAAUGCUGGUUUAGGUGAAUUUCGAAUUCGUGACCUGAAUGAUGAAAUUAACAAGCUGCUAAGGGAGAAAGGACACUGGGAGGUCCGGAUAAAGGAGCUGGGCGGUCCUGAUUAUGGAAAAGUCGGCCCUAAAAUGCUGGAUCAUGAAGGAAAAGAAGUCCCAGGAAACCGAGGUUACAAGUACUUUGGAGCAGCAAAAGAUUUGCCUGGUGUUAGAGAGCUGUUUGAAAAAGAACCUCUUCCUCCUCCCAGAAAGACACGUGCUGAGCUCAUGAAGGCAAUCGAUUUUGAGUACUAUGGUUACCUAGAUGAAGAUGAUGGUGUUAUUGUGCCUUUGGAACAGGAAUAUGAAAAGAAACUCAGAGCCGAGUUAGUGGAAAAGUGGAAAGCAGAGAGAGAGGCUCGGCUGGCAAGAGGAGAAAAGGAAGAAGAGGAGGAAGAGGAGGAAGAGAUCAACAUCUAUGCAGUCACCGAGGAGGAGUCGGACGAGGAAGGCAGCCAGGAGAAAGGAGGGGAUGACGGCCAGCAGAAGUUCAUUGCUCAUGUCCCCGUUCCCUCGCAGCAAGAGAUCGAGGAGGCACUGGUGCGAAGGAAGAAAAUGGAACUCCUCCAGAAGUAUGCAAGCGAGACCCUACAGGCCCAAAGUGAAGAAGCCAGAAGGCUCCUGGGGUAUUAGGACCCAGCUGGAGCUCUCCUUGGAGUUCUUCCAUCCCCCAGUGGUACCUCAGGACCCAGGGCUGCAGACAGGCAGGCUGGUGCCGCAAGGGCUCCUGCUCCAUUCUCAGCCUUCCUUCCCUCUCCUUGUCUCAUGUUGACCGGAGGGUAUGGGUCUAUCCCUGGUCUUCCUGGUAGGUUUUGUACACAUAUUUUGCUACUGUGUGGAUCCAUUUAUUUUUAUUGUGGAGUGUAUGCAACAGGUUGCGAACUGGCUGCCUGUGUCUUAUUUUGACUUGCAUUGCUAUUUUGAGGGGAGAAGAAUCAAUUAGUGGCAAACAUUUAAAAAUGCAAUUUUUUGCAGACCAAAGUAUAAUUUUAAAAAAUGCAAAUUUUCUAAAAGACACAUCUCUUGAAAAAUGAGAUGAUAUGGCCAGGCGCAGUGGCUCAUGCCUGUAACCCCAACACUUUGGGAGGCUGAGGCGGGCGGGUCGCGAGGUCAAGAGAUCGAGACCAUCCUGGCCAACAUGGUGAAACCCCAUGUCUACUAAAAAUGCAAAAAAUUAGCUGGGUGUAGUGGCAUGCACCUGUAGUCCCAGCUACUUGGGAGGCUGAGGCAGGAGAAUCACUUGAACCCGAGAGGUGGAGGUUGAAGUGAGCCGAGAUCGUGCCACUGCACUCCAGCCUGGUGACAGAGUGAGACUCUGUCCCCCACCCCCCAAAAAAGGAGAUGAUAUGUCAGCCCUGAGCAUGCAACCCAGAAGUCAAUGACCUGGUCCCUCUGUGUUGGUUGCUGCUCUGGGCUCUCCAUUAGCCGCCCUCCACCUGCUCCACUCACUCCUGCCUGGGUGGCAGGAAUUUGAGUUUGCUACUCCUGUUUUAUAACCUGUUCUGCAGAAACCUAUUUUUAUUAAAGAUUUUUAUAAGAAAGGGAAA